AUGUGCCCCUCUACCGCCUCCUCAUGCUGCUGCCAGGCCCCUAAUCUGCCAUGGGCCCCUAUACCGCCUCCUCAUGCUGCUGCCAGGCCCCUAAUCUGCCAUGGGCCCCUAUAUACCGCCUCCUCAUGCUGCUGCCAGGUCCAGAGUCUCUCAUGGGUCCCUGUACGGCCUCCCAUUGCUGCUGUCUCCAUCGCCACACUCUGCCAUGUGCCACUUUCAGGUCUCCUCACACUCCUGCUGGUUUCCAUUUUGUCAUAGGUUGCUGUAUGGCCUCCCAUUGCUGCUGCCUCCACCGCCACACUGUGGCUCUAAACACUGGUUUUGGCCCCGUGACUGGCCAAAUGAGUGAAGUGUGCGGUGAUUCUAAGAUCGACGGCACUCAUCUGCAUGUCAUACUGACUGACAGUAUUAUUUCUCUUCCCCAGCAGACUCCAAGGGCAUUUAAAUUAAAGGUUCAGUGUUCUGCACUAAUAUUA